CCGGAGAACCUAAGCGGACAACACUUCGGGCUCGACGUGAACGAGAUGUUGGCGGCCGGGGGUCUCCGUAGCGGCACCGGUGGGUCGCAAGUGGUGAACGCCGGCGACCGGUUCGCCGUACGACUCGCCUGUCAACACUUCACGCCGGAAGAGAUUACCGUCAAAGUGGUCGACCAUCAGCUCGUCAUACACGGCAAGCACGAGGAGCGCACCGACAGUCACGGAUGGAUUCAACGAGAAUUUACGCGCCGGUAUGUAUUGCCCGAUGGUUGCGAUCCUGAAAAAGUGGUGUCCAGUUUGGAUGCGAAGGGCAUACUGUCCAUAAAGGCGCCCAAAAAGGCUUUGCCCCUACCGGACAAAAAUGAGCGUAUUGUUCCCAUUACCGUAUUCCCGCGCGACCACCCCCAUGCCGUUAUAAGUGAGGCUGAUCAAUACAAAAAUAACUUGAUGAUACUCCAUCAGCAUGCCGGUAUAAAGUGA